GUUCGAUGUAAAGUCGUCCGCUUGGCGUUGUGCAGCCAUCUUUGUUUUGGGUUUAAUCAGCUGUUGUAUCGCUAAGAAUCCACUAUGAGUAAAGCACAUCCACCGGAAUUGAAAAAAUUUAUGGACAAGAAACUCUCCUUAAAAUUAAAUGGUGGGAGACAAGUGACUGGUGUGCUCCGAGGGUAUGAUCCAUUCAUGAAUCUUGUAAUGGAUGAAUCAGUUGAAGAGAUAUCAGGUGGUGAGAAACAUCAAAUUGGGAUGGUGGUUAUCCGUGGGAAUAGUAUAAUUAUGCUGGAGGCCUUGGACAGAGUGACAUAAUAAUGACCUGCACAGUUACAAUUGGUUUGAUGACUUCACUUGAGCUACAGAUUCAGAAGGGGUGCUCUUCUAUUGGUACUGCCAAUAUUUAUUGGUUUAUUCACAUUCCUGAAGAAUACCGGAAAAUAAUUUGUUUUAAGUAUCAUGCAAACUUUCAAUUUCUUGUUUUCGGGGGAAUGUUUGGGAGGGACUUUCUUUUAUUAUUUUUGGUUGUAAUAUUCAAGCAUUUCGUUGCAAUUGUACAAUGAGACUGCAUUACGAAUAGGAAUUUAUGUUCAGUGUAACAAUGUAAUUCGAAAGUACCAUUGUUAUUUUUUUUAGAGAACAAUAAACAGUUUUGUAUAUUUUAUUCUGAA